UUGAACAUACUAUAAACCCUAAACCCCGCUGAAUCACGGAACUCUAAGACAGAAAACACUUCCGAGAUUUUUAUCUCACAUUUUUUUGAAUCUCCAGCACAGCAUUGCACAUUUCUACCCUGUCGGAGAUCUCGUUGAGGAGCUAUCAGCAAUGGGGCGAGGGAAGAAUAAACAGAAACAACAAUUCAUUGGCAAAAAGGGAAAAAACAGAGAAGAAAAAAGCCAAGGCGAGCAUCAUACGAAGAUGUUCUCUGAGGAAGACAUGGACGAUGAAGUUGACGUCUUUCACAAGCAGAAGGAUAAGAUUCCUCUGGACUUGAAUGAAGAUGAUGAUACAUCAGAUGAAGAAAUGGAGCAGCCUGUGUUUGAUCUGCAGGGUGAAACCAGUGAGGAGAUGGAGGAAUCGGAUAGUGAGGAUGAGGAACAACUUACUGGUCUUGCUGCAAAAAUUGCAAGGCAAGCGAAGUUUUUGAGGCAGAAGGCAGGUGGAGUUGAGGACGAGAUGGACGAAGAACCAGCUGAAGAAGAGGAGGAAAGGAAGGCAAUCUGGGGAAAAGGGAAGAAGUCAUAUUAUAAUGCUGAUAAUGUUGACUUUGAGAUCCAAUCUAGUGAUGAAGAGUUACCUGCAGAGGAGGAGGCUGAAGUACUAAGAUUACAAAGGAAAAAGGCAGAAUCACUUCGGCCUGAAGACUUUGGUAUAGAUGAGGAUGAUGAAGAUGCAAGUGAUUCUGAUUCAGAUGCCCAUGAAGAAACACUACAAGAAGCUGUUAAACGGCAGGAAAGGGGGCAUGGGCGGAAAAAAUUAAAGGAACCUUCAAGUGGAGAUCCAGGAAAGCAAGUUGAUGAUGAUAAAAUUGUAACAUUUGAGGAAGUCAAGAAGGAUAUCAAUGCUUUGUCAAAAGAACAGCAGAUGGAAGUUGUUAUGAGUGAUGCUCCAGAGCUAGUUGGACUGCUUUCAGAAUUCCAGGAUGGACUUGAUCAGCUAAGAAAUGUUCAGCCUCUGCUACAGAAGAUAAAAGCGAACAAAAAUGCAACUAAGGAAGGCUUGAAUUAUCUGGAGGUGAAACAACUUGUGCUCCUGUGUUACUGCCAGUCAAUAGUUUUCUACUUGCUUUUAAAAGCAGAAGGCCAUUCUGUUCGAGAUCAUCCUGUGAUUGCCCGGCUUGUUGAGAUGCGCAACAUAUUGGAUAAGAUUCGGCCAAUUGAUACUAUGUUGGGGAACCAGAUAGAAAGAUUUCUUGAGGAAGAUAACAGUGUUUUAGUUGAGAGUGCUACAACAAAUGCUGUUAUGAACUCAGUUUUGGUUGAUGGUGUUUUGCCAGACAUGAAAACAGUUUCUUCUGGAGUGAAGUCUAGUACAGAUGAAACUAUUCAGGUGCAGGUUUAUGAAGAUAAGAGUGAAUUAUUAAAUGGUCCAACAACGACGGAAAAUAACAUGAAGAUCACAAGUAAUGACAAUAAAGAGGCAAAGGAAACAUUUGCAGCUGAAAGUAAAGAAAUGCUUAAAGAAAGAGCAAAGCUUGAAGCUUACAUGAAGCAAUUGAAGGAUGGACUUAGUAAAGUUCUUCCAAAACAUGGAAAAAAGAAUCACAAACAUCUUAAGCGUUCAAGAAAUGGGCUUCUUGAUACAUUGGAAGACUUUGAUGAUGAUGUUGCUGAUUUGACCACAAGAAAAGAAGAUAAGUCAAAUCUUGAUAGUCUGCAGCAGCCUAGGAAGCUUUCUCAGCUGGUUGCAGAAGCUGGCAGGACUAAAAAGCCAAAGUUAGUUUCUGGGGAUGAUGACUUGCCUGAGAAAGAGGAUCUUGGAGAGAGGAGGAGACGACAUGAAACACUUUCGUAUGGGAAGUCACCAUCCCCUGACGAUGUUUCUAAGAAAACAGAAAAUGAUGAUCUUGAGGGAUCUGAAGAUGAGUUUUAUCGGGAGGUAAAACAACAGAGGGCUGCAAAGCUUGCGGCCAAAGAGGAGACAUAUUCAAGGAAACCCACAAUUGUGGCUCCUGAAGAGGAACUAGAUGGAAAACGGCACAUUACAUAUCAGAUGGAGAAGAACAAAGGGUUAACUCCACAUCGUAAGAAGCUUACAAAGAAUCCAAGGAAAAAAUACAAGUUGAAGCAUGAAAAAGCAGUUAUUCGUCGCAAGGGACAAGUUCGUGAUAUUAGAAAGCCUCAGGGACCAUAUGGAGGUGAAACUACCGGUAUUAGAACUGGACUCAGCCGAAGUGUUAGGUUUAAAAACUGAUAAUCAGAAAUUAAUCCUGACAGUUACAAAGAGCAGGUAAUUGGAAGCCUACUGAGAAAUUUUUGUUACACAAUUUCAGUAGGAUAUUUUUUCUCUCCUGUUUAAGAGUAGUUUUAAUUAUAGCUAAUUUAUGUGUAGUAGAGAGGAGGAAUUUAGGUCGUAUAUUUUGUCUGACUGAUUUAUCAUUUUAUUGUAUUUGAUUAUUAAGUAAUCAUCAAGGCAACAUGCCUAUCUUGUAAUCUAUCUAAUAAACUUUAAGCUACUCAAGUUUGCAAAAGUAGCCUGGUGUUCCUGAUACAAUUGGUUUGGAUCAAAUUUGUACUGGUGGGCUUCAAGUCAUCAACGCAACUACCUUAAUAGUUCUGUUGUUUAUUUCUCAA